UGUUCAGCUUGGAGUGCCACUCCAGCUUCAUACGGUUGCUCAAAUGGUCGAGAGAGGAGCUGGCGGCCAUCUUGAAUGGAUUUCUCUGUAAGUCGAGACUAGAUAGAGAAAAGGGGUAGAGAGGAUGAGAGAAAGGUGAGUUGGAGAAAGGAAAGAGGAGGGGAGAGGGAAGGACGGGAAAAAAGAGAUGAGAUGGAUGGGGGGUGGCCAAGAGGAGAGCCGGUGAGAGAGGGGCUGCUUUGGGUUUGGCUCCCGACUGAUUGGGUGUUUGGUGGGUUUGCUGUGUGUCGCCGUUGCCCUCACUAUCUCCGGUCGGUCCCCCGCGGCUCGACUUGUUCAGAGAAAAACUUUACUCGGUUGGUCUUGGUCAUUGGGAAAUCCCCCAUCUUGCUACUAGAUAAUCGCUACCUUACAAAACAAUUAGACAAGGAAAUGUGUCCGAGAAUCUCAUCCCACUAUCGUGUUAUUUUCUUUUUUCCCCUCUCCCUUGAACGUUCACAACUGUACGAAGUAGUUCCCAUCACGAAUCAAUCGGGGCCUCGAUUAGGUUGGGCCGUGCUUUGCCAUCCGACAAGGCAAAGACAUAAGAAAAAAAAAAAAAGAAAAAAAAAGAAAGAAAAAAAAAAAGGGUACCUGAACCUGAUUUGGUUUUAGUCACCCACAUGACAAAGUCACUGGAUUCUGUUCGUCUCCACCGACUAAGAGGUACUCCGUUCAAGGUACAUCUCGACGGUCCAGGAUGCAGCAGGACAACGCAUCCCACCAG